AUGCCCAAACCGUACGUUGCGCGGCUCGUCUACGACCGUACGCAUUUAUCCAUCGCCCUUGUUAAGCCGCCUCUUGACGUGGUCGGUGGCAUUACCUACCGUCCCUUCAGCCGCCGCAGGUUUGCCGAAAUCGCAUUUUGCGCAAUCAGCUCUGAUCGACAGGUCAAAGGUUAUGGCGCGCAUUUGAUGUCGCACCUCAAAGACUACGUGAGGGCCAGCGGCGAUGUGAUGCACUUCCUGACCUGCGCCGACAACUCUGCCAUUGGAUAUUUCAAGAAACAAGGCUUCACCAAGGAGAUCACCUUGGAAAAGAAUAUGUGGAUGGGAUACAUCAAAGAUUACAACGGAGCCACCCUCAUGCAGUGCUCAAUGUUGCCACGAAUACGAUAUCUCGAGAUGGGACGUAUGCUAUCUAAGCAGAAGGAAUGCGUCCAGGCUAAAAUUCGCGCUUUUUCGAAGUCACACAUUAUCCACCCGCCUCCCAGAGAAUGGAGUGAUGGCAUUAAGGAGAUCAAUCCGCUUGAUAUUCCCGCAAUCCGAGCGUCUGGUUGGUCACCAGAUAAAGACGAAAUGACACGCCGACCACGACACGCCCCAAUCUACAGCCAGCUGCUGCGCCUUCUCAACGACAUGGCUAAUCAUAAUUCGGCAUGGCCGUUUCUUGUGCCAGUGGAUCGCGAUGAAGUGACUGACUACUACGACAUUAUUCUAGAGCCCAUGGACCUGAGUACCAUGGAGACGAGGCUCGAAGUGGACCAAUAUGUUACGCUUGAAGACUUUAUAAGAGACGCAACGCUCGUUUUCGACAACUGUCGCAAAUACAACGACGAAAGCACACAGUACGUAAAGCUGGCCGAUAACCUCGAGAGAUAUAUGUGGCGACAGAUUAAGACCCUUCCCGAAUGGUCUUGUCUAGAGUCGGAGAAGGUGUUGGUCAGGGACCGCCUUGGCGAUGAUAGCGCUAUGCUCUCAACCCUUAUUCCGGAGGAGAUUCCUACUGUGACAGCUAGGCUGGACGAGGCUCUAGCACGCAACUAG